AUGGAUUUCCUCAAGCAAGCCGUCCAGGAGUAUGCGUCUGGCGACAAGAACAACCAGAACCACCAGGGCCAGCAGCAUCAGCAAGGUAACCCGUACUCUGAAGCGAAUGCGAACCAGGGGCAGGGGAUGCCGAACCAGUACAACAACCAGAACGCCCCUCAGAGCUACGGCAACAGCGGGCAGGAGUACAACAACCAGCAGGGCGGACAGGGCGGCUACGGGGGCAGCAAUUUUGGCGGUAACGGUGGGCAGGGCGGCGAGGCGGGGAGCUUCUUCAACAAGACGGGAGGGGAGGAGUUCAACCGACCUCACGGGGGCGGUGGGUCUGGCGGGUUCGGCGGGCUGCCCAACAUCGACCAGGGCUCCGCUAUGGCCGCUGCGAAUGCCAAUGCCGGUGACCAGGACUCCUCCCUCUUCUCCUCGGCAUUUGGCUUCUUGUCCAACAUGAACAAGGACGACAAGGAUGAUGUCGAUGAUGACGAGGUCCUCCGGAAGCACGACGAGGCGUACAACAAGGGCAACGCGGGCGGGAUGAGCGCGAAUUCUAUCGGAUCUGCAGCUGCCCUUCAGGCCAUGAAGAUGUUCACCUCGGGCCAGUCUGGCAACGCCGAGCAGUCGUCAGGCGGCAACAUGCAGAGCAAGGUCAUCGGUAUGGCUAUGUCUGAGGCUGCAAAGCUUUUCGACAACUCUGGCGGUGCGGCAUCGGGCAACAAGCAGGAUGCUGUCAACUCCGCUGGUAUGAUGAUGAUGAAGCUCCUCCUCAAGAGCCAAUUCUCAGGUACCACCGGUGGCGCCAACUCUGGCGGUCUCGGCAGCAUGAUGAACAUGGCGAGUACCCGGAUCCACCUGAAAUUUGACGCGUUGACCAGUGACUGA